AUGCCCUCAUCGGCCUCCGCGGCGGCGGCAUUGACGCGCGGCCCUGCGCGGGCCCAGCCAUCUGGCCUGGGUGGGCCGCAGCACGGAACAGCGGCCGAAGCGGCCAUACUAUGGCACCAGCGAAUAAGGAUGCAGCUGCACGACGCCCACCCGGAGAUGGAGCCGCCCUCGGACAGCGGCGGCGUGCGUGCUCCUGCCGAAGCGCUGGAACGAACAUCCGUAACUGAGGCACCGACGCCUGAGGUGACGGCACGCAGCUGA